AGAGAGAGAGAGAGAGAGAGAGAGAGCGCUAAUUUAUAAUAUGGCGCUUUCGGAAUGUGGAAAAACUAGCCUUUUCACUACCGUCAAAGCUCUCACCAGCACUUCUGUUUUCAGUAAGGGGAGUUUCCCCUUUGAAGUUAUUAACGUGGACACAUCAUCAAGGUCUUCUCCGCCUCCAAAGCCACUCUUAAUCGCCACACCAACAAAUAAAGGUUCUUACCCUGUUAUCUUGUUCUUUCAUGGCUUCUACCUUCGCAACUACUUCUACACAGAGCUACUUCAACAUAUAUCCUCCCAUGGAUUUAUCCUUGUUGCUCCUCAGCUGUAUGAUCUUAUUCCUCCCUCGGGAACCGAAGAAAUAGAGUCGGCAGCAAACGUCACAAACUGGCUAGAACAAGGCCUCCAACCUCUUCUCCCUGGAAAUGUCUCACCGGACUUGACCAAGCUCACCCUAUCCGGCCACAGCAGAGGCGGUAAGGCCGCCUUUGCCCUAGCUCUCGGAUACGCCAAAACCUCCCUCAACUUUUCCGCACUGCUAGGCAUAGAUCCCGUGGCCGGUACUGGCAAAUGCUGUCCUACCGAGCCACAUAUUCUUACCUACGUCCCUCACUCUUUCAAUUUCUCCAUCCCGGUGGCGGUGAUCGGCACCGGCCUGGGCCCGGAAAAGUGGAUCCCUUUGGCUCCACCGUGCGCUCCAGAAGGUGUGAACCACGAUGAGUUCUACAACGAAUGCAAGCCGCCUUGUGCCCAUUUUGUGGCCAAGGAGUAUGGCCACAUGGACAUGUUGGACGACAAUCUGCCCGGAAUUAUCGGGAAGUUGUCGGAGUGUAUAUGUAAGAAUGGAAGUGGUCCAAAGGACAAGAUGAGGAGGUCCGUGGGAGGGAUUGCGGUGGCGUUUUUGAGGGCUUAUUUGGAAAGUGAUGAUGAGGAUCUGAAAGCUGUUGUUGCCGAUCCAAGUCUUGCUCCGGCGAAGCUUGACCCCGUGGAGUUUGUUCCAGCUUAGUCCUGGCAAUAAAUUAUAAUUAGCAUGCAUGGAAUCGUGAUUAUUAAGGUUUUCUGGGUUUACAUUAAUGUUGAAUAAGGAGCUCAUGCAUGCCAGUGAGCUUGGGGAAGAGUGCUAAAUGUCUUAGCAAGAGACUUAAAUAAGAACAUGUGGUUGGAACUAAUUCGAUUGGUCAAGAAAAGAAAAAAACAUGGAAAUAUUUAGUUAGGAAGGU